GGUUGGCAUAAUAAAGUGCAACCUAAGAGAAAACACUUUACGAAAGUCCUAUAUUGAGGAACUUUAGAUAAUGAUAUUAAAGAUGAAUGACUCCCUAUCGGUCAUUUUUUGAUUACCAUAUUUGACGAAGUCGGCAUUUGUUUUCCUAACUAUGGCCUUUCAAUAACAAUGAAGCCAAAGUAACCAUUUCAUGUGGGAAAGGUUUUGAGAAGCCAGAACUCGAUCAGGAUCAAUUUGGUUUCUACGAGGAAUCAAAAACAUCCUGAAUUGAUUUUAGUGCUGCAUGCAUUGGAUCAUUGGCUACAUACAUAUAUAUGCAUGCUGAAGGAGAUAGAUUUGAAAAGCAUAUCAUAUGCAUGAACCUUGCAAUUCUGUAAAUGUGGGUUUGGUCAGGUCAAAUAUUUAAUUAGGGUCUGUGGAAGAUGAGUUUCUUUUCAUGUUGCACGUCACAAGAGAAGAUCAACAAGAACCCAUUGGAAAGGAGCAGUAGGGCUUUCAAUCAUGUUAAAGCCCUGCCAUCAUUUGCUAACAUGUGUUUUAAAUCUGAUAUUAGCAAGAGGAGGUACAUACAAGAAGAAAUAGCAAAAAUUGGAAAAGGGAAUAUUACCUCUCAGAUUUUUUCUUAUAACGAGCUAUGUGUUGCAACUCGCAACUUUCACCCCGAUAAUAUGAUUGGUGAAGGAGGCUUUGGGAGGGUAUACAAAGGACGCCUUAAAAGCUUAAAUAGGGUUGUUGCUGUGAAGCAACUUAACAGGAAUGGAUUCCAAGGAAACAGGGAAUUCCUUGUAGAGGUUUUGAUUUUGAGUCUCUUGCAUCACCCUAACCUUGUCAAUUUGGUAGGGUAUUGUGCAGAUGGUGAUCAAAGGAUUUUGGUAUAUGAGUUCAUGGCGAAUGGUUCUUUAGAAGAUCACCUUCUUGAACUACCUCCGGACAGAAAGCCUUUGGAUUGGCGUACUAGAAUGAACAUUGCAGCAGGUGCAGCUAAAGGACUUGAAUACUUGCAUGAAGUUGCGAAUCCGCCAGUGAUAUACCGGGAUUUCAAAGCCUCAAACAUACUACUGGAUGAAAACUUCAAUCCAAAACUCUCUGAUUUUGGUCUUGCAAAGCUUGGUCCAACUGGUGACAAAACUCAUGUAUCCACCAGGGUGAUGGGAACUUAUGGCUACUGUGCACCUGAGUAUGCCUCAACAGGUCAAUUGACAACAAAAUCAGAUAUAUACAGCUUUGGAGUAGUGUUUCUCGAGUUGAUCACAGGAAGAAGAGCAAUUGAUCAGUCUAGACCAUCUGAUGAGCAAAACUUAGUCACUUGGGCACAACCACUAUUAAGAGACAGAAGGAAAGUUGCAAUAAUGGUUGAUCCAUUGCUGAAAGGGAACUAUCCAACAAAGGGUCUGCACCAAGCACUAGCAGUUGCAGCAAUGUGCAUUCAGGAUGAAGCUGAUAUCCGACCUUUAAUUAGUGACGUAGUUACAGCUCUUGAAGUUUUAGCCAUGAAGCAUAUACAAGUUGGAAAACCACAACAUCGUACAAAAGAGAGUUUUUAUGAGAACGGAGAAUGCAGUUGACAAAAUGAAUCUGAAACAGUAGAGGAUUACAAAAAAGAGAAGCUACUAAUCAAGUUUGAGAAUCAUUCUAUAAAAACUUCAUCAUGGUGCCACUUGUUAUCGUUAUGAAAAGCAAAACGAUUGCAUAUUUGUUAGUAGUUUUAGAUAUUGGUAAAUGGUAAUAUGGGAAUUACAAGAUUGCUUGCUAUCAGAUUCGUAUAAUUGCCUACUCAUUCAGUUCUCUCAUCAAUACAAUAUUCCCUCUUUUUUUCA